AUGCUUCCUCUCACACUUCUUCUAACCUUGGCUGCCGCCGAGUACAUCACUGAAACCAAUGUUAGAACGCACAUCACCACCUUGACAUCAUGUGCUAACAAUGGUUGCAACAAAGGCGAAUCUCCUGAAGAAGUUCAAACCCUUACCAGUACUUUGGUUGACUGGGAGACCACCACCUGGUGUCCAGAGUCUGAGACUACUGAGCAAGGCAUCCCUGAGACUUCUGUUGAGGUACCACCUAUGGAACCACCCAUUGAAACCCAACCUGAUACUCCUCCUGAAGCAACAACUGACUGUGACACUACACCCAACGAGCCACCAGUUGAAACUGCCACUGAGCCAUGUGAGGGUUGUGAAACUCCUGACACAUACACUGAAACCACCUCGUGUGAGACGCCACUUGAGACGCCAGAGACUGAGACUACUCCUUGCGAGACUAUCGAGACACCUAUUGAGACUGUUGACACUGAAACAUUUUCAAUCGAGACACCCGUUGAGACUGGUGGUACCACUUCGUGCGAGACUGAGACUUUUGAGACCGAGACUUUCGAAACUGGCACCACUUCAUGUGAUACCGAGACCUUCGAAACUGGCACCACCUCUUGUGAAACCGAGACUUUCGAAACCGAGACCACUUCUUGUGACACCUUCAGCGAGCCUGAUGUGACGCCUUUCGAUGAGACAUCUACUGGAGAGACAUUCUCUGAGGGCACUACCAUCUCAAGCAGUUUCAGCACUGGAAUCACUUCUGAAACAACCGAGGAGACCACCUCCGAGUUUACUUCUGAGACCAUUCUGACUUUUGAAACUUCCGAGUCGAGUUCUACUGAGACCGAAGUCACAUCCUCCAUCGAGAUUCCUUCAUCUUAUGGUAUUCCAGAGACUUCUUCAGCUCCAGAGGUUUCCACAUCUGAGUCUUCUUCCGAGUCUUCUACAACUGAGUCCUCGACUUCAGAGUCUUCCACUUCUGAGUCCUCGACUACUGAAUCAUCCUCAACUGAGUCUUCUUCAACUGAAUCGUCUUCAACUGAGUCGUCUUCAACCGAAUCUUUUACAACUGAGACAUCUUCCACCGAGUCCUCAACCUCAGAGUCUUCUACAAACCCUGGUACAUCUUCUGCACCAGAGACUUCGUCGGAGCAGACAUCCUCCAAUCCUGAAACAUCAUCCGAAUCAACCACUUCUUCGUCGACCUCAACUUCAGUGCAGCCAGUUCCAUCGACUUCAACGGUGCCUCCAGUGACGAUCACCCUGACCAUCCCAUGCAAAAAGUGUGAAGGCGGAAUCACUGUUUCAACGUUCACCAGCACGGUCCCUCCUCCAGAACCUAACACUGUCGUUACCACUGAAACCGAGUCUUGUCUGACCGAUGUUCCAGAAACUGAAACCACUCCUGAAACCACGCCUGAAACUACACCAAAAUCAUCGAAGCCUCUGACUUCCACCGAGAGUACCCCAGCUGAAUCGAAGCCAACUCCCGAAGAGUCCACUCCGGUCGAAUCGCAACCAGUUCCUGAAGAGUCUACUCCUGUUGAGACCACUCCAGCUGAAACCACUCCAGCUGAAACCACCCCAAAGCUGAAGACAACAUCCAACACCACUCCAAAGGCGUCCACACCAAAGGCUUCUACUCCAGCUGAACCAACUUCUGAGACGACCUCUUCCACCAAGCCUGACACCUCAACGAAGCCCAAGGAGACCCCAGCCGAGUCUACCCCAGUGGAAUCCCAGCCAGCCGAGUCAACUCCAGAAAAGCCAAAGACCCCUGGUACAACUUCUGAAACACCCGCUGAGACAACACCUGCCGAGACAUCUCCAGAGGAGCCUACCCCAGAAACCCCAGAGACUCCAGCUGAAACAACCCCACAAGAAACUACGCCAGCUGAAACCACUCCACAAGAAACAACCCCAGCUGAAACUACUCCCAACAACGAAACUCCAGAAAAGCCACAAUCUGAAACUCCAGAGACAAACACCCCAGACGAACCAACCACAUCCUUGACCACCAGCAUCACACUGACCCACUACGUUCCCAACGAGACUGGCCAUGAAACCGGCAAGACUGAAACUGAAACUAGACACAGUGAAACCGGCCAUUCUGGAACCCACCACUCUGAAACUGGCAAUACCGAGAAACCAAACACCUCCACCUACUCUGAGCCUCAGCCUGAUGCUACUGAAACACCCACUACCCAGAAACCAUCUUCGUUGAAGGGAGAGGAGACUACCGACUCGUUCACCCCAUCUACAUUGACUAGUGCUCCAGCUCCUAGCUGCACUGGAGAAGACUGUUGCACUGGAGAAGACUGUAACACUACAGUUUCUGUUCAAACUUCAAUCACCCACUCAGAAGGUCCAAGCAUUUCUUCAUGGGAAGGUGCUGCCUCUGGAAAAUCCAUUUCCUUGAUGGCCGUUGCCGCCUGGGUUUUCCUUCUUUAA